AUGAACCAUUUCUUGAAGUUGCCGGAGGACUGCAUAUCAGCAAUUCUUUCACUGACAAAUCCUGCAGCUGCAGCAACAUCAUCGGCUGUAUCCAAGGGAUUCAAGUCCGCCGCCGAAUCAGAUGUUGUUUGGGACAGAUUUCUUCAUCAAGCUCAAAUUAUGAUCUCCUCUCCUCCCAUUUGCGCCUCCAAAAAAGAGCUCUUCCUUAGCCUCUCUCACUCACAUAUCCUCCUUGAUGGAGGCAAAUUGAGUUUCUCACUUGAUAGGUGGAGUGGAGACAAAUGUUUCAUGGUGGCACCAAAGGAACUUAGUAUUGCAGGGAUUGACAACCCACGACAAUGGGAAUGGACAAUUCGUCCUAACUCAAGAUAUUAUAGAUUGUCGGAAGUGGCAAUUCUUAAAUCUGCACGUUGGUUGGACAUUCGAGGGAAGAUAAGAACUAUAAUGCUGUCUCCAGAGACACACUAUGCAGCGUAUCUUGUAUUCAAAUUGGUGAAUGAUGCAUAUGGCAUUAAAUUGUUGAAUGCAGUGGUUAGAUUUGUCAACCAUGAGAGUGAAAGUGAAGCUGUAAAACGAGCAACAAAUGUGUAUAUUCCGAGUACGUCAAGAUUAUUUUUCAAGAAUAAAACUGGCCCACUGUAUGAAAAUUGUGCACAGAUAAGAGUUGAUGGAUGGAUAGAAAUACAAUUGGGAAAGUUCUAUAAUAAGGGAGGUGAUGAUGGACAAGUAGAAGCAAGAUCUAUGGAGAUUGAACGCCUUCGUGACAAGAGUGGCCUUAUUGUCGGAGGAAUUGAGUUUCGCCCCCAAUCCUCAAGCAUAAGCUGGUCUCUUCCAAGUGAUCUUUUUACUAAAGAGCGAUUAAUAAGAAAUUAA